AGCAAGCCUAAAUUAUACAGCUUGUGUUUGUUGUUGCCCAUUUUCAUUGGAUUUGAAAAGAAAACUAAAAGAAAGCAACAUAUUGAUAUAGUUCUUCAGUUUCCCAUUAUUUAAGACAACUAUUAAGUUCAGGCAUUGUUUUUGUUGUUCUCUUCUAUCUUUCUCAGUCUUUGUGAGAAAUGGGGUCGCCUGUUUUGUCUUUGUAGGUUAGUGCUACCACCCCCAAAAAAGUUUUAAGGAAAGAAGGAAACUUUCUUAAAGCUGAAGCUUGUUAGAUUGAGAUGGGAAUAAGCAGACCUCAUAAGUCCAGUAAUGGAGUUUCUACCAGAUGGGUUUUUCUCUUCUGCAUUGCCAGUUUCUUCUUGGGUGUUCUUGUUGUUAACAGGUUUUGGGAUAUUCCAGAUCCGGGCCAAAUGGACGACGAAGCUUCAUCUCUGAAGAAGGAUCAGUUAACAGCAGAACAUUCCCCAGUUGAUUGUCAGAAGCAGGAGAAUGCUGUUCAGGCAGGAGACAUCCUUUCUCAGGUUUCUCAAACUCAUGAUGUAAUCAUGGCACUGGACAAAACGAUCUCCUCAAUGGAGGUGCAGCUGGCUUCAGCAAGAGCUGCAAAAAGUGACAAUGAGAAUGUAUCUCCAAUGGUCAUGAAAUCAAGAAAUGAGCAUUUGAAGGAGCGACCAAAGGUUUUCUUUGUCAUGGGCAUAAUUACUGCAUUCAGCAGCCGGAAGCGAAGGGACUCGAUUAGAGAAACUUGGAUGCCCAAAGGAGAGGAGUUAAAGAAGUUGGAAACAGAAAAGGGUAUUAUAAUACGAUUCGUUAUAGGACACAGUGCAUCUCCAGGUGGUGUUUUGGAUCGUGCUGUUGAAGCAGAAGACGAGCAACACAAGGAUUUCCUCAGACUGAAUCAUGUAGAAGGUUAUCAUGAAUUAUCAUCGAAAACACAAAUAUAUUUUUCAACAGCUGUUGCUAUGUGGGAUGCUGACUUCUAUAUUAAAGUUGAUGAUGAUGUACACAUAAAUCUCGGCAUGGUCGGCUCUACCUUGGCACGUCAUAGAUCAAAGCCUCGUGUUUAUAUUGGUUGUAUGAAGUCUGGACCUGUACUAGCACAGAAAGGGGUCAAGUACCAUGAGCCAGAAUAUUGGAAAUUUGGUGAGGAGGGUAACAAGUAUUUCCGGCAUGCAACAGGGCAAAUAUAUGCAAUUUCCAAAGAUUUAGCCACCUAUAUCUCAGUAAAUAGACACAUACUUCAUAGAUAUGCAAAUGAAGAUGUUUCACUCGGCUCUUGGUUUAUUGGUCUUGACGUUGAGCACAUUGAUGAUCGAAGUCUCUGCUGUGGGACUGCACCUGACUGUGAGUGGAAAGCCCAAGCUGGGAAUCCUUGUGCUGCAUCAUUUGAUUGGAGUUGCAGUGGCAUUUGUAAAUCGGUGGAGAGAAUGGAGGAAGUGCACCAGCGAUGUGGGGAAGGUGAUGAAGCCAUCUGGCAUACAAGUUUCUGAAACUUCCCCUCUUGUAAUAUGGUUUUUAUAUGUGUGAUCAAGGCUGUUGGUUUAGACAACACCACUUGCCCGAUUUUUGCUGUGGAUGCCUCCGACGGUUGGUGCAUGAUUAAAAUCAUUACUGCACAUACAGAUUGUCAAGUCAGGAAAAGAGAUAUGGUUAACAUAUUGUAGUUCCAAAGACUGACUUGUUGCUGCUAACCAAGACAUCAAGAAAAUUAAUCACUACACAUACCGAGUCUUACAGCGCAAGGAAUUGUAGGAAAUCACAAUAGCUAAAUUCUACCAAAACAUUGGAUGAAGCAGAUCAAAUGUGGCUGGACAUUCUGCAGGAUGCAUGGUGUUUUUCCAUGAGUUCUGAUUGUUAGAUUGAAUCCAGGAUGGAAAUGGACGUGUGCACAAGAUCAUCUUCCGAAUAUAUAUGUAUCUCUCUCUUGUCUAAUGGCCAGGUUUCUGGCAAUACUGAAUUAAUUAUUGGGCUUAGAAUUUAGUAGAGGUGCUAUGACCUGUUUAUAACUUGAUAAUAAAGGGUUUUGCUAUUUUAAUCA